UUUCUUCAACAAUACAGUCAUUUUCAAUCAACCUUGGAAGUAUUUCGUUUGACACCAGGAGAAUUCAACAAAAGUCUUGAUGAAUCACUUAUGUUUCUUGCCCAGGUAUAAAUAAAUAAAAAUAAUUUGGAACUUGUAAACAAUUAUAUUAACAUUAAAUCGAAUUUCAUCAAUAUUUAUAAUUAACAAAAAGAUUUCAAUAUGUCGAAAAAUAUAUUAAACAAAUUACUUGAUAACAUUUCUUGUCGUGAUAAUGUUAUAAAUAAUUUAUACUCUUUAAUCGGUCAUAAAGAUGAGCCAUUACCAGCAAAUAUUUUUGUACACGGUCACAUUGCAACUGGUAAAUCAUUGGUCAUUGAAACAAUGAUCAAAUAUCUUGAUUAUAAACAUUCAAUAAUAAAUUGCAUUGAACAUUCAAAUGUACGUCAUAUUUACGAUUAUAUUUUAAUGGAAUUAUCAUCAUACAAAUUAGACUCAACAAAUUCAUUUAAAUACAAUGCAAAAUGUGAUAAUUUCAUGGAUUUUAUUAACAAUUUAAAGACAAUAUUUAACAGUGAUAAUAAUAAUGAAAAUAUAAUUAUUGUUCUUGAUAAAUGUGAGCGUUUAAGAGACAUUGAUUUGAAUGUAUUAAAUGGAUUUAUGAGAUUGCAAGAGUUGACAAAUUUAAAUAUUUGUAUUAUCAUGAUAAGUGAUGUUAUUUGGGAAAAAUAUAGAGUUAAAAUUGGCGCAAUUGAGCCAUUAAGAAUACAUUUUUCACAAUAUACUAAAGAUGAAAUGUCAAAAAUAUUAUUAAAAUUAAAAAAUAAUGAUUAUAAUGAUGGUUUUUAUAUGAAUUAUCUUAAUUUAUUUCUAUCAGUAUUUUAUAGAUUCUGUAGAGAUAUUAAUGAGCUACGUUAUAUGGCAAAUAUAAAUUUUUUAAAAUACAUUGAACCAAUUAAAAAUGGUACUUGUAAUGAAAAUAAUAUAACAUUAUUAUGGCGUAAUAUUUCAAAUGUAUUAAAGACAAAUCUUGAAGUAAUUUAUUUACGUGUAUCAAGUAAUGAUUUUCAUGAAAGUACAAAGUUAAUUAGUGAAAUUGAAUCAACAACUAAAUUAGCAUUAAGUUUUGAAUUACCAUAUUAUGCAAAAUACAUGUUAAUUGCAGCAUAUUUAGCAUCGUAUAAUCCAGUUAAAGAGGAUAAACGUUUAUUUUUAAAAAUAAGUAGUAAAAAAAAGAAAACAAAACGUAAUAAUAAUGUUAAUUGUAAAAAAAUUACAUUUAAUACACAAUGUGGUCCAAAAAAUUUUGCAAUUGAUAGAAUGCUUGCUAUUUUUUGUACAAUUAUUGAUGAAAAAAUUGAUGUUAAUGCUAAUUUACUUGCACAAAUUCCAACAAUGUGUCAGCUGGGUUUGUUGGCUGUUGUUGGUGAUGCAACAUUGGAUGAGCCAAAAUUUAAAUGUUGUAUUAAUCUUGAUUUUGUAACAGUUGUUGCUAAAACAGUUGGAUUUAAUAUUAAGAAUUAUUUAUAUGAUUUUAAUCAUCAUUAAUUUAUUAGUUUAUAA